GUCGCGGAGGCUUUAUUCGCGUGCAGGAUUUCAGUGUUAUAUUGCAGAAAAAAAACCGAGCGGGGAAAGUGUUUCUGUCGGUUUCUGUCGGUUUCUGCCUGCAGCUGCUGUGCCCUCUGAGGCUGCCUGCUCCCCUGCCCGCCUCGGCUCGCAUUUAAUCAGCCAGCCUUUGAUUUUUUUAAUGUUUUGACGGGACAUCAAGUCUCAACGUUAGCUGCUGGGAGCUAACGAGGCUAGCCGUGGUUUAGCAUUGAUGUUAGCAUCGCAGCCCAGCAGGAAUCAGCAGCUAUGUAACGAGCUGGCCGGUGAUCUGCUGCUCUUGUCGAUAAUCCCCUGUCAUGACACGUUUGUUAGACGGCAGAUCCCGGAGCGUAACAUUCAACAAAUCAUCUGUGCGAGUGUUAUUGUGCUCUGAACACUGGCUCACUCCGCUCAGCUGCUGCAGAUCAUGACUCGUGGCUUGUUUGGCUUUGAGUAAACAAAGUUGCUGACCAUGAACAAAAUGCAUGCGAUAAACAGUUGUCACCACGCUCAGUGAACUGGGGGACGCUUUGUUGUGCUUGUCAGUCCUCUGGAAAUGCAUUUAUAACGUACAGUCUGACGUGAUUGGAUAAAGGGGUGGGGCCAUUUCCAAUAUUUGGAUGAAGAAUUUUUAGUGAUGACCCCAGAAAGCUGAAAUCAUUGCUUCUACACUGGCUUCCUGUUUACAAGUAGAUCACUGUUCCUUAACCGUGGUCGCUGUCACAUCACAUUUGUUUACAGCAGGUACCAGGUCAACCUGUGGAAAGGGCUGCGGAACCUGUGGCACUUGAACAUAUUUAAGUUAUGGCAGGAAAAAGCCAAGGCCGGUGGUCAGGCUGCCAUCAUUAUCAGCCGCGUGUGUGGGAGAAAAAGGAAGGGGACACCUGUGAAGGUGUGUGACCGAGCGUAUGUAACAGAAGAUGAGGAGGAGGAGAGCAUGUCAGAACACAGCUACAGCCCUGGUGAUAGCCAGUAUCCAGAGGGUGCAGAAGACCGCCUCCCUCCACCCGGCAGUCCAUACUACCUGCCCGAUCCCACUCAGCUCUGUGUGCCAGAGUUGGGGGAGGAGGGAGCGAGCGGUGUCCGGGGACCUGUGCUCUUCCAUCCGCCGCCGAACUGCCGGAUUCGAGAAGUCCACUGCGGGACCCAGGUGCGGUUGGUUGUCAUAGCAAUCCGAGACAUCGCCAAAGGGGAGGAGAUCACAGUGGACUACAGCCUCACGGACUGGGGCGAGAAUGCAAUGGAGGAAGAGGCCGGCCCCCACCCACUGUCCCUCUCUGUUUCUGAUUACCUUACCCCCUCCUGGUCAUUAUCCCCCUCAUCCUCCCCUCUCACCCACUCUGAGCCCAGUGACUCAGACCGUGAGGAGGAUGAAGAGGAGGAAGACGACGACGACGACGACGAAGACGAAGAAGAGGAAAUUGAGGAGAUAAGGGGUCGAAUGCUCCGCCGCCGCAAGAAGCGCAAGCUGCCCGCCGUGGUUAAUUCCAAGAAGAAAACCACGCCCCCAUCCUCCAGAGGACCCGGGCGCCCCUGCUCAUCCUUUUCCCGCCCAGCACCUGUCACACCCCCAGCCAGAUCCCAGUCCCAGACCCCGGUUGGCACCCUGGCACCCCCAACCACAAACAUCAACAACAACAUUAAUAUAAACAUUGCCAGCUCCAGCAGUGCCACAGUGAGCCGGCGGCAGCACUGCCCGUACUGCGGACGCCACUAUCGCUCUCUGGCACGCCACCUGGAAAAGCACCACGCCAACCAGCCAGAGGUCAGAACAGCCAUGGAGCUGGCACACAUGCACAGCUCUUCAAAUGGCAGCGCCGCACACCCUCACCCCUCAUCGUCCUCCACCUCCGCGACAACCCAUUCCUUUGCUGUCCCUCAGUCCUCGGCCUCCAACCCUGCUCCACCCUCUCUCUUCGCUAGGGAAAGGGAAUCGCCGGCUACACGCUCGAGCACAGGCGGCGUGUCGUUCUCCCUCUCGCUUUCGCCGCCUUCUUCGGCUCAGCCCGCGGCCGCCAAGAAAGGGCCCAGCUUACCGCUGCCCACCACAAAACGCCCUGCGCCCCCGAUGGUGUCACGGGUAAAGAGUCCGUCACCGCCUCCCCCGUCUACGCCCAGAAGGGGCCGGAGGAUGAAGAAAGAAAAGCAUGAAGAGCAGCAAAAAGUGGAGGUGGAGAGCUCGAGAAGUCAAGAAGAGCUGGUUCCACCUCCUACUCCAGAGCCAGACGUUGAUCCAGAUGAAGAUCUGGAGAUAAGUGCAGAAGGAGAAGAUGAUGCACCAGAGGAAAAGAAUGGAGAGAUUGUAAGGCAUCACAUGUCUCCACUGCUCUCGUCCCUGUCCUGUUUGGUCGUCUACCUCCGCUGUCAGCAGCACUCCUCUUUCCUUUCUUUGACCCGCUCUCCUCACUCCGCCGAAGCCUGGCGCCUGCUCUGCCAUUCCAGCCUCUCCCUGCUCAUCCUCUACAACCGCCACCGGGAAUGUGAGGUGGCCAAGCUCACUCUCCAGGACUACCGCAACCGUAUCACUCCACAGGCCAGCUCUAGCAGCAGCCCCCCCUCCGGCAUGGAAGCCCUCCUGUCUCCCUUUGAGCGCCAGGUCCUCUCUCACCUCCCGCGGGCUGGUGUUUUGGGCAAGCGCGGUCGCAUCCAGCCGCUUAUUUUUCCGCCACACUGUGAGUCCUGCCUGGACCUACUCCUUCAAACCAGCCCCAAUGUGGGUGUAGACCCAGAGAGUCCCUAUGUCUUCUCCCGGCCCUACCACUCUCCUGCUACCCCGCUGCGGGGCACGGACCUUCUGAGAAACCUGGCGCGAGCAAGUGGGGCCAAGAACCCCGGAGCACUGACAGCGACACGUGUGCGGCGGCAGGUAGCAAUACUUACUCAACUGCUACUAUUAGAGGAGGGUGAGGGCCAGGGUAGUGCUACCAAACGGCUGGAGGACUUCCUGGAACGAGAGUACCAUGUGACCCAAAACUGUUCCUCAAUCCUACGGGAUCCAGCACUGAUGGGUCGUGUGGGUCGUGUUGUUCUUUAUGGAGAGAAAGAGGGCGUGCUUUUCCGAGGGAUGAGCUUGCAGCACAUCUGCCUCGAGUUGGAUGUAAUGUCUGGCAACUCAGCCGACUCCUUUUCAGAAGAUUCAGAACCAGAGGAAGAAAAGGAGGAAGUUAAGGAGAAAGCUGAGGUGAUGGUGAAGAAGAAAGGACCAGGGCGACCGCCACGGAAGAGGAGAGCACCCGUUCCCUCUCCAGUCAGCCCAUCAAUGGCCAAUGUUCAUAAGAGGAGAUGUAUUCCGCCCAAAUCAGGGAAGCGCGGUGUGCUGAAGCGUCCCUGGUCAGAGGCGGAGCGUGUAGCAGUGGAGACUCACCUAAAGAGAAACCUCAUGGAGCUGCGAGUCCCUGCGAAGGCAGACUGUGAACGCUGCCUCGAACUCUGCCCUCUGCUGGUGAGCAACCAGCGAGACUGGAGGGCCAUCAAGUUUUACGUCCACAACCGCAUCCAGCUGCUGAAGAAGCAGGGGCGGAGGGAAAGCGCUGCCUCGGUCUGCUAGGGGAAAACACAGACACGGCAGAGGACACACACCAUAAUGUAUAAACCACCAGCAAUCAUAAUGAAGAGGGAAAAAAAGGCCUGGGUCAUGGUGGAGUGCAGCUUCUCCUUUUUCUAUCCUUUUAUGGCUGCGGCACCUGAAAGUUAGGUGCAAGCCCAGCCUCACCACCCUGGUCAUAAGCGAGUAGUGUAAUAAAACUGACUAAGCUAAGAAAACAGAUGCUCCAGUUCAGGAUCAUUCGUGCUCAGUGUUCGGGAUGCCCAGUGUCUGUUAUCAGAUGUAUUUUUAAGCGGUUGGACAAGAUGUACUCUUUCUGAAAAAUGUGAAAGUUCAGACACAGUGAAUGCUUUUUUUUUCUUUGAGAUUAUCUUUCAUAUCAUCUUUACUUUAUUAGAUAGUUGGCAGUGGAGAGCGGUAGGAGAUACAGGAGAGAGAGAAGGUGAAGUUCCUGAAGUGAUACCAACCCAGGAGGUUGCAGGAUGCACUUUAGACCACCAGGACACGCUACAGCAAAUGAUCCUUGGUCUAGUGUUGGCUUCCACUGAAGGCUGAUGACCAAACAUGAAUGUGUAAAGCUUUGGGAGCAGAAACCAAUGGUUCUAAUCUUUAAAAUCCCCACAGAUACUGCGUGUCUUCAGGACUGAGACAUGUAUGAACUUGUAUAGUUUGUGUUUGAUAUUGACUGGCAUUGUACCCCCAACCCGUGGCCCCCAACUGAUGAGUGUAUUAAAGAGUAUUCUUCAAAGUGUUGGACCAUGAUGCAGUCGAUGUGAAGUGGUUCUUGCAUAUCCCUUAUACCAUGAUCAUAGUCAGAGUAGUAUGUAUCAAGGCACGCCUACUUGAAUUUAUUGCGUAUCAGAAUUACAAAAAAAAUUACCUAUGGUCUUAUUCACAAUGUAAAUACUUCCUAAUCUAUGAAAAGUAUACAGUAGUGAUUACAAAGUUAGUAUUGUGUUAUGGUGUAUAUACUGUAAAUACUACCUGUACUUAUUAAAGUGUAUGACAUUUUGCUGUGUUUUUUUAAACUGGGUUGUAUAGUGAGUUUUACAUUGUGGAUGCAGAGUGACAUGAACAAAAUAGAAAUAACAAAUAAAUACAGGAUACCAUAUUGACUGAAUUUAUUCAAACAGCUUAUUUUAAGAAUCAUACAUUUAAACAUGGAGCUCACUGGAAACAAGAUUAUAACAAGAAGAAAAUAUACAAAUUUCAUUAUGUAAAACAGCCCCGAAGGUGAAACGGAAUUUGAAUACUGGCCAUAAACUCAGCAUCAAAGUUUAGCUGCCUCAGUCCAUGUUGCAUGUAUACUGAAUAUAUAUGCAUUUGCACACAAAACACAUGCAAAAGUGUAUUAGUGGUAGUCAUUUGUAAAUCAUAAUGAUCCCUUUUGUAAGUCAGUUUCUAAAUAGUUUGCUGCAGUAAUUGUCAGUCAUUUCACACCUAGGCAAUUCAGUGAGCCAUACCUGGAGUUUUCAAAGUCUGAGACUGUGGGCCUCUGCUCAGACACAGCUUGUAAAGUUAGUUUACUAACUUACCUAUUACUAGUA